AUGGGGCACAACCAAAACCAGAGAUCUCUGAUCUACGCGUUCGUCUCUCGCGGCACCGUGAUUCUAGCCGAGUACACGGAAUUCAGCGGCAACUUCAACACCAUCGCCUUCCAGUGCCUCCAGAAGCUCCCUGCCUCAAACAAUAAAUUCACCUACAACUGCGAUGGCCACACCUUCAAUUACCUCGUCGACAACGGAUUCACGUAUUGUGUUGUUGCGGAUGAGUCAAUUGGGAGACAGGUGCCUGUGGCUUUUCUGGAGCGCGUGAAGGAUGAUUUUGUUGCCAAAUACGGCGGUGGGAAGGCGGCGACCGCCGCCGCCAACAGCCUGAACAAAGAAUUCGGGUCCAAGUUGAAGGAGCAUAUGCAGUACUGUGUUGAGCAUCCUGAAGAGAUAAGCAAGCUUGCUAAGGUGAAAGCUCAGGUUUCUGAAGUAAAAGGUGUCAUGAUGGAGAACAUUGAAAAGGUUCUGGACAGAGGGGAAAAGAUAGAGCUUCUGGUAGACAAGACCGAAAAUCUUCAUCACCAGGCACAAGACUUCAGGAAUUCUGGGACCAAGAUCCGUAGAAAAAUGUGGCUGCAAAACAUGAAGAUAAAGUUGAUCGUGUUGGCAAUUUUGAUAGCCCUGAUCCUGAUAAUAGUCCUCUCUGUUUGCCGUGGGUUCCAUUGUGGAAAAUAA